AUGUUGACCCACCUCAGAGCGCGCAGCAGGAGUUUGUUUCCCAGCCGCCAAGCCGUCAAAGAGCAAGCCGACUAUGUGGACCUAACCAGCACCUUCGUGAAGCCAUGGAACUCCAUGCAGGAUCUAGGCAGAGACAUCUACGAUCUUUACGCUGAGUACGAAAAUGAGGAGGAGGAGGAUCGGCUCCCGGUGUCUCCUUCCCGCGUGCUGCUGUCUCCAACAAAACACUUCACUCUCAACAUCAACGUGGGAGGAACGGUGUACCACUUGCCCUACAGGUUAGCCGCCCGGUAUCCAAAGACACGGAUCGGACAGUUGGCCACGUACACAGACCACAGCAGGAAGUUGGACCUGUGUGAUGACUACGUCGUCCAGAGCAACGAGUUCUUCUUCGACCGGGACCCUAAAAUCUUCCACAACAUCUUCAACUUCUACAGAACUGGAGUGUUGUGCAUUAAAGAAGAGCUGUGUCCCCGCAACUUCCUGGAGGAGAUAAACUACUGGGGCGUCAGAAUCAAAAACAGCCAACGCUGCUGCCGCAUCUCCUUCGAAGAGAGGCAAGACGAACUCAACGAGCAACUGAAGAUACAGAAACAGCUGAUAGCAGAGCUGGAGAGCGAGGAGAACGAGGUGUUGUUUGACGGCUUGGCCUUCGGGACGAUCCGAAGGAUCAUCUGGAACCUGAUGGAGAAGCCGUUCUCCUCGGUCACCGCCAAGCUGAUGGCCGUCGCCUCCUCCAUGUUCGUGCUGGUAUCGCUGGUUGCCAUGACACUCAACACUGUGGACGAGAUGCAGUACAAGACGGCGUCAGGCCUGCCCAGCGGCAGAUUCUACGGCGAGUACGUGGAGACUUUCUGCAUCGCCUUCUUCACGAUGGAGUACCUGCUGCGUGUGGUGUCCACCCCCGACCUCAAGAGUUUUGGACGCAGCAUGCUCAACACAGUCGACCUGGUCGCCAUCUUGCCGCACUACCUGCAGAUCGUCCUGGAGUACUUCGAGGACGCGGACCUGCACCCUCAUUCAGGGGACAUCGAGACGGUGGCGCGUGUUGGAAAGGUGGGUCAGGUUCUGAAGAUCAUGCGACUGAUGCGAAUCUUCAGGAUCUUGAAGCUGGCUCGUCACUCGACAGGCCUCAGAGCGUUCGGCUUCACCCUGAGACAAUGCUACCAGCAGGUGGGCUGUUUGCUGCUCUUCAUCGGCAUGGGCAUCUUCAUGUUUUCAGCCAUGGUGUACACGGUGGAGCACGACGUUUACAACACCAACUUCACCUCCAUCCCGCACUCGUGGUGGUGGGCCGCUGUGAGUAUUUCCACGGUGGGCUACGGCGACAUGUUCCCAGAGACCAACCUGGGCCGAAUAUUCGCCUUCGCCUGCAUCUCCUUUGGGGUCAUCCUCAACGGCAUGCCCAUCUCCAUCCUCUACAACAAGUUCUCCGACUACUACACCAAACUCAAGUCCCACGAGUACGCCGCUGUCACCAAGGCCCGCGGGAAGGUGCACUUCGCCAAGAGGGCGGCAAAAAGGUUUGCAGAGUGCUGCGAGGACGCCGUUCAGCCGAGGAUGGCACGCCUGCGGUGA